AUGCCAGAAAACUCCCGGGGAACCACACAGCACUCGAGCCUGUUCGGAACACCUGCCAUCGACCAAGCGGUAUGCGGGAUCGGCGCCGGCUGUGUCUCCGUGCUUUGCAUGCAUCCCCUCGACCUCCUCAAAGUCAAGCUUCAAGUCUCCUCCUUUCCUUCUUCCUCCAGUCAGCUCCAUCCGCUUCCCUUCCGAUCAAAAUCCCUCUCAAGCAUCAGAGAAAUCAUCUCCAAUGACGGCUUCUUGGGUCUCUAUCGGGGUCUGACUCCCAACAUCGUCGGAAAUGCCGCCAGCUGGGGCUUCUAUUUCAUGUGGUAUUCGAUGAUUAAAGAACGAAUGUCGAGGGAUUCGGAGGGAAGAAAUAUCAAGCUUUCGGCUUCUCAACAUCUCUUUGCAUCAGCUUCCUCAGGAUUUGUAACCGCCAUGAUCACCAAUCCGUUAUGGGUAGUUAAGACGCGGAUGUUCACGAGUCGCGCGGAGGAUUCAGGCGCCUACAGGAACCUGUGGGAUGGUCUGGUGAGGAUCUCGAGAGAAGAAGGCGUCGGGGGGCUCUGGAAGGGAUCCGUCUUAGCAUUAAUCGGCGUCUCCAAUGGGGCAAUCCAAUUCAUGGCCUACGAGGAGCUGAAAAGAUGGAGACAAGACCUCAUCCGUCCCGAGCCCGAUCGGACCCAGACUUCUUCCGCUGAGACUGACAGUCUUCCUCUAAGUAACCUGGAAUAUAUCCUCCUCAGUGGCGCCUCCAAACUUCUGGCCAUCGGCGUCACCUAUCCAUACCAAGUUGUCCGCUCGCGACUCCAGAACCAACUGUUUGUCCGCCAGCCCAAGACACUGCCUGUUCCUUCGACGAAGGCUUUGCCAGUACCUUCGCCACCCACAACACCCCCAGCAGGCGUACAUUACCAAUCGAUCGCUCAUUGUACCCUCCACACCUACCGCACCGAGGGCAUCAAGGCCUUCUACAAGGGCCUCGCUAUCAAUGCAGUUAGAGUCCUUCCCGGCACUUGCGUUGCGUUCCUCGUAUACGAAAACCUAUCGAACUCUUUCAAGAAACUCGCUAUGCAAAACUCUCUACCUUAG